CAAGAAUUUAAGGAUUUUAUGUCAAGAUGGCUACCAAAAUCACUGAUGAUGCUUUCAGAAAGCUGUUGUCAGAUAUUUCAAAAUGGUAUGAUCAACGUGAAUACACAAAUAUGCUGAAAGUAUUGUACAGAGAUCUUUUGAAAAACAAUUAUGAGUUGAAUAAGGCUACAAAGGUGAUGGAAUUAAUGGAUAUGUUAACUGCUUCUGGACAUCUUCACUCAGCUAAUCUCAAUGUUCUCUAUGAUACCAUAAACAUAACAGAGCAAAAAGGGAUCAAAGAGAUACUGCCAGUAUUUCAAAAUGUUGAAGGUGUAAAAAUCUCAAAAUUCACACAUCACAGACAAAAAGUUAUGAAACUUGGAAUGGUACUGAUUGGUGAAGAUGUAAAUAAGAUCAGUGCAUUAUAUAACAAUCCAGUAAAGGAAUAUGCAGACACAUGGAGUUUGAUUAUGGAUCUGGAGCGCAACAGGGUAAUUUGUGAAGGAAAAAUGGAAGCCUUCAUUGAAGAACUAUAUUCCCUUAAACUCCAAGAUGCUGUGGAAGCUUUAACAGAAGAAAUUGCUGUAAAAGUAAUUCAGAAACGCAGAGGAGAAUCUUCCGAUUCUAAAAAGUAUGCUCUUGAUUUGUUAGAUGACCUUGAUGAACAUAAAGACUCCUUAACCUUAAAGGAUACACCAGAAUUCUUAAAAAAGUUUGAGAAACUUAUUAUCUAUUACAAACGUUGGGGUCUAAAAUUAACCAACGUUGGGAAUGGAUCAAUAGUAUUUUAUCUAUCAACAAAUGAUCCUAAUGCUUUGAUGAGUCUAUGGAAAAUACAUUCUAGCGGAAAGCUCAUCAAAGAUUUGGCACAAAUAUUAGUCCCAGAGGAACAUCAACAGGAGUUCAUAGAUGAAUGGAUGACAUCCAUCGAUGAAAAUAAAUACAAAGAGGUGCUCUGUAAACUGAAAGGAAAAGGAACUACUGAUGAUUCCUUCAAACAGCUGUUGUCAGUUAUUUCAGAAUGGUAUGACCAGCGUGGAUACAUCAAUAUGCUGAAAGUUUUGUACAGAGAUCUCUUGAAAGACAAUUAUGAGUUGAAUAGGGCUGCCAAUGUGAUGAACCUAAUGAAUUUGUUGAUUGCUUCUGGACAUCUAGACUCAACAUAUUUCAAUCUUCUAUAUGAUACCAUAAACAUAACAGAGCAAUAUGGCUUGGAAAGAAGGAUCAAAGAAAUACUGCCAGAAUUUCAAAAUGUUAGCGAUGUAGAAAUCACAGAAAUCACGUAUCACAGACAAAAAGUUAUGAAGCUUGGAAUGGUACUGAUUGAUGAAGAUUUAAAAAAGAUCAGUGGAUUGUAUAAAGAACCGGUAAAGGAAUAUGCAGACACGUGGAGUUUGAUUAUGGAUCUAGAGCAGAAAGGGGUGAUUUGUGAAAGAAAAAUGGAUGCCUUCAUUGAAAAUCUGAACACCCUUAAACUCCAACACGCUGUGGAAGCUUUAACUGAAGGAACCACUGAUGAUGCCUUCAGACAGCUGUUGUCAGUUAUUUCAGAAUGGUAUGACCAGCAUGGAUACAUCAAUAUGCUGAAAGUUUUGUACAGAGAUCUCUUGAAAAACAAUUAUGAGUUGAAUAAGGCUACCAAGGUGAUGGACCUAAUGAAUUUGUUGAUUGCUUCUGGGGAUUUACACUCAACCCAUUUAAGUCUUCUAUAUGAUACCAUAAACAUAACAAAGCAGUAUGGAUUGGAAAGAAAAAUUCAAGAUGUACUGCCAGUAUAUCAAAUUGGUAAAGUUGUAGAAAUCUCAGAAUUCACACAUCAUCGACGAAAAGUUAUGAAGCUUGGAAUGGUACUGAUUGAUGAAGAUAUAAAUAAGAUCAGUGCAUUAUAUAACAAACCAGUAAAGGAAUAUGCAGACACAUGGAGUUUGAUUAUGGAUCUAGAGCAGAAAAGGGAAAUUGGUGAAGGAAAAAUGGAUGCCUUCAUUGAAAUAUUGGAUAACCUUAAACUCCAAUACGCUGUGGAAGCUUUAACUGAAGGAACUACUGUGCAAGUAAACCUCAAGCAGAAAGAAAUAUCUACUGAUUCUGAAGAUCAACCACAUUUAAAAAAAAAUAUGGAUGCUCUUAGAUAUUUAAAGAAACUUUAUGAACAUAGAGGCACUCUAACAGCAGAGGAUAUACCAGAAUUUGCUAAGACACAUGAGAAACUUAUGGAAUAUUAUGAAAAAAAAGGUCUAAAUCUGACGAAGUACAAGCAAUCAGGAGAAUAUAUUGGUAAAGUUACUCUACCACGAGGCAUGAAAGUUUACAGGAUGUACAAAAUGAUGAAUGGUAACAUAGUAUUCAGUGAUUAUGUUCAUCGAAAACCUGUCAGAAUAUGCAAUAUGAAUGGUCAGGUAGGAUCAAAAGCUGUGUGUACAUGUUUUGACAUGAAUAAAAAUGAAACCAUCAAAGAGAUAGGGUCACUAGGCACAAAAGGAGGUCAAAUGAGGAAUGUCAUUGAUAUUAAUCUUACAAAGCAUGGACACCAUCUUGUAUUAGAGAGUGAAUAUUUAGGUACUGGAACCAGUAGAUUAAAAUUAUUUGAUAAUGAGGGAAGGUUUACGAAAAUCCUGGUAGAAUCAGGAGAUGAAGAUGGUAAGCUAACAUGGACACAAAUUAACAUCACUCAAGUUCAGAAAGAUGACAAUGGAGAUUAUUUUGUGACAGGAAAAUGCACAAGUCCAGGAGUUUGUAAACUAGAUGUGAGUGUUGAUGAUGAACCAAUUAAGCAGUCACCAAUGAUAAUCAUCGUAGAGAGAGAAGGAUUGAUAAAUACCAUUCAAAUAAACAAAGAAUGUGUUGAAGAUGUAGUUAAGUGUGAAGAUGACUCCUUACUGGUUUCAUGCUGGACAAAUGAAAUGCUCAAGUACAAACAAUCAGGAGAAUAUAUUGGUAAGGUUGCACUACCACAAGGUGUGGAAGUUUCAAGAAUGUACAAAAUGAAGAAUGGUAACAUAGCAUUUAGCGACUUAAAUCUUCAGAAACCUGUCAGAAUAUGUAAUUUGGAUGGCCAGGUGAUAAACACAAUUGGUAAGGGAGUACUGAGAUUAUCAUGUGGUAUUCAUGUGGAUGAGUUAUCUAAUGUUUUGUAUGUAGCAGGAGGCUUGACCGAAAGCUGUGUGUACAUGUUUGACAUGAAUAUGUGUCAAGAUCACCAAAAACAUGGGUCUCAAGUCACAAGAGAAAGUCAAAUGAGUCAUGUCAUUGAUGUUACUCUUACAAACCAAGGACACCUUCUUGUAUUGGAGUAUGGCAACAGUAGAUUACAAUUAUUUGAUAAUGAGGGAAGGUUCAUGAAAGUUCUUGUUGAAGCAGGUAAUGAGAAUGGUAAGAUGAUGUAUCCAUAUGGAGUAGAAGUUGAUCAGGAUGACAACAUCAUUAUAUCAAGUGAACACAAAAUACAGCUAUUCAGUAGUGAUGGUAAUUUCAUUAAAAGAAUUGAUAAGCCAGAAGAUGGAAUCAACAAUCCAAAGGGAUUAUCCAUCAUUUCAUAUCAUCCAAGGAGACUUGCAGUAGUAAAUUAUGAAAUUGCUCUAAAAUUAAUUCGCAAGCGCAAAAGAGAAUCAUCUGAUUCUGAAGGUCAACCACAUUCUAAGAUUUUAAAGCUGAACAAGUUUGGAAAAGGAUCAUUAGUAUUUUAUGUAUCAACAAAUGAUCCUAAUGCUUUGAUGAGUCUAUGGGAAAUACAUUCUAGCGGAAAGCUCCUCAAAGAUUUAGCAAAAUUAUUAGUACCAGAGGAACAUCAGCUGGAGUUCAUAGAUGAAUGGAUGACGUACAUCGAUGAAAAUGAAUACAAAGUGGUGCUCAGUAAGUUGAGAGGAAAAG